CCGAGUCUCGUUGUUGACAUGUUUUACGUUUCGCUCCAAAGUCGGAUGUUUUUAUACAUUCAGUCGCAUGGUUGCAUUAAUUAAACGCUGUCAAUGCGGUUUUAAAGAAGAUCAAAUGAGGGGAAUGAACACCUUCAUCUCGUCUAGUGAAGUGGAACCACAUAAGCAUCGUGCAUCGUGAUUUUAGUGUUCACAUGGAGACACUGCCAGUUUCAUAGUAAUACAGUGAACAGGCGUUCAUAUGCGUGUUUCACAUUUCUGACUUGAAUCAUAACUUAAUGCACAGGACAGUUUACAUCACAUUACAACGGAUUCCCGCUUUAAACAGGUGUCCCCCUGCUCUGGGUUUAUGUCGUUUUUAGUCGCGUUGGACUUCAUCGGAUGACAAUGAAAGUUCAGAAAGUUUCUUCUCGAUCCCAACAUGAGCAAAGAAAUGCCACUAAACGUCACGGCAAGAAUAAGUGGUGCAAAAAAGUACGCAAACUGGACUCUGUUCUCUCAAGUUCUGGGACUGCUAAAUUGGAGCAACAGAUAGCCAAAAGGGAGAAACCCAAGUUAAAACGGUUGAAGAAGUUGUAUUCAAAAACUGUGACUUUGAUCCCUGUAAACAGUUAUACUGAGGAGGGAAAGGAGACUUUUGCUCAUGUCCACACAAAUGGAGGCACAGAACUGGAAGCCAGCAGCAAUUCAGAGGACUCUAAAGAAUGGAGUGCAUAUGCCAAAAUUGUCCUUCAGAGUUCAGCGUUACCUGACAAAGAACAGUUGGAGAAGGACAGUCUUCAAUACCAGGCCCAGCUUGACCAUGCCGGCAAUCGUGCUGUUUUAGUCAUGCAACAAGGCCAGGUCUUGUGUUUCCGUGGGAAGUGCCUGCUCACUUGCCUCUACGGUCGGGUAGAGGUGUUGGGCUUCACCAUAGAGGAGGGCCAACAGCCUUACCCCCUUUUCUCUCCACCUUCACACUGCCCUCUCACCAUCACAGCUUUAGGAAACAACUCCCACUUCAACAAGAACAAGAAAGAGGGGCGACUGGAGGCGAAAGCCAUUGUUCGCAAAUACCUCUCUUCAGAGCCAUGUAAGAGGCUCAUCAGUGUGGUAGACUCAGACUCCUGUGUGCUUCUCCUGGAACCCUUGGACACGCCCCUCACUCGCUUUCUCCACGGCUUCUCAGAACUCAGUGAGGUCUUUGGACUCAACUCGAGGGAGUUGAGGUCUCAGGCUGCCCUCUCUAACCCUGCUCUGUCAGCCGUGGGUGUGACAGCUCUGCGUGGACCCUGUGCACAGGGUCUGGUGAUGUCAUUCAGCUACAGAGAGGCUCUAAGCAGCUUGCUCAGUGCCUGGGCAGGAGAGUUUGACAGCUGUCCCAUCAUUCUUGUGUGUGGUGGGAAAAACUCUGGCAAGUCCACCUUCAAUCGUCACCUUAUUAACAGCCUGCUCAAUCACACUGCAAGUGUAGAGUAUUUGGAGUGUGACCUUGGCCAGACCGAGUUCACCCCUCCUGGCUGCCUCUCCUUAUGUACAGUUACAGAGCCACUAUUGGGGCCUCCUUUCACACACUUGCAUGACCCAGAGCACAUGGUGUACUAUGGUCAGACAGAUUGUCAGGCUGACAUAGAUCGGUAUUUGGAAUCCCUCAAAUCCCUCUGGCGCCACUGCAGUGGAGAGAGUCCGGUCAUCAUCAACACAAUGGGCUGGGUCAAAGGCCAGGGCUUUCAGAUUCUCGUUGACCUCAUUCGCCUUUUUUCCGUUACACACGUGGUGCAGCUGAGUUACGGGAAUGUCCCACAAUGUCAACAUCUAACCCCAGACGUACUCAGCACUGCUCACGGCUGGCACACACACCCUCCAACACCGCCCACCAGUCACCUAACUGUUCGAUCUCAUGUAUUACUCAGCAUCCUCUCAGAAUUUGAAUGUGCUGGGACAUCUGGAAAAAUGCGACAUCAGCGUAGUAAUGAGCUGCGAGAUCUGGCUCUGCUCAGCUAUUUCAGUAAGAUGCAAUCUCCAGACCCGGGCCCCAUCCGCCCACUUCACUGCUUCAUACCCUACCAGGUCCCACACUCAUCGGUUGCUAUAGGGGUUACACACUGUGAGGUCGCACCCAACCACAUUCUCUAUGCAGCCAAUGCAAGUCUAGUCGGAUUAUGCUGUCUAAGUGAAAAGGUCAUGGGCAGAGGAGGUCCUGUUGUGCUCUCCCAAACUCCCAUCUGUCAGUGUGUGGGCCUAGGUGUUCUGAGAGGUGUGGACAUGGCGCGAGGUCUUUACUUCCUUAUUACUCCUGUGUCUCCCUCUAUCCUGAGGCACGUGAACUGUCUUCUACUGGGAGAGAUCACUUUGCCUAAAGCACUUCUCACCAUGCAGCUUGGAGCUGAAGUGGAAUUGCCAUACAUCACCACAGACUACAGCUUUGAAGUAACAGGGGCAGGAAAGCUCCAUGUCUACAAAGGACUGACAAGACCUAGUUUAAUAGGCAAAUAACUAAGCUCUUCUGGAUGAGAAGAUGCUAUCUGUAAAUUCCAUUUGUAUCAUUGAAUUGUUUUAUACCUUGAAAAUUGUGGGAAAAUUUAACCGUAUACUAUGGGAAAACAGAAUGUAUGGUAACGUGUUGUUUACUAUAUCUCUUUUUGAAUUGCUCCAUGUUUAAGAUCUGCAUGGGAGACCGUUGUUCCUCAUGUUUUGGUUUGCUGUACUGGUACAGUUUUUUUUAACAUGUUAAGAAUACAUGUUCAUCGUGAGUCCUUGUAAUAUUUUUCCCAAGUCACAUUCACAAAUCAUGAUAAUACAGACCUUUAAAAUAUUAAUGUGGG